UGGUAUCUGUUUCUUUAGUUGGGCUUCAUGCCGGGAAUGAAGAGACAAAUCUGCCUUAAGUAGCUCAUCAAACAAAGAAGAAGUCGUUUGGCAUAAAUGUGGAAGCAUAUAAACAGUGGGUUCUUAUUCCCAAUUAGGAAUGCUGCCGAAGAUAAACAUUUAUUCCUUCCUUCAGUGGAAAAUAAUGACAGGAUGGUUGAUUUUAAAUGUGACAGACUGUGGCACUACUUCUGCCGUCAGCACUUCCUUGUUUGGGAUUUCACUGAAAGAUUAUGUAGUUGGAAUAAGGCCAGUCUUUCCAUAUGGGGAUGGGGAGGCCUUGUUGUUGUUCUUUUCCUUGUUACAUUUGGACCAUUUGCUAUAUUUUACUUUGCUUUUUACAUCUUAUGCUUCAUUGGUGGAGGUUUUGUAGUUACACUUUUAUUUGGAAAAACGAACUCAGAAAAAUAUCUUGAAAAGUGUGAACACUCAUUUCUGCCUGCAACAUCAGCUGGUAUAUCUAAGACAUUAGAAGAAAUGAAACAAGAAAGUAAACCAAUAAAAAUAGACAGAAGAUUGACCGGUGCCAGCAUUAUCGAUGAGCCUUUACAACAGGUUAUCCAGUUUGCCCUAAGAGACUACAUCCAAUAUUGGUAUUAUACUCUAAGUGAUGAUGAAUCAUUCCUACUUGAAAUCAGACAGACGGUACAGAAUGCACUUGUUGAGUGUUCUACCAGAUCCAAAGAAGUUGACUGGCAGCCUUAUUUCACAACAAGAUUAGUGGAUGAUUUUGCUACUCAUCUUCGUGUUUUCAGAAAAGCCCAAGAAAGAAUGACAGAAAAGGAAGAUCAGAAGCAACACAAAGAUGCACCAGAAGAGUUCGUAAAUUCUUUCUUUGAAGCAGAAGUAGAGAUGGAAAAGAAAAUUUGUCGGGAUCUGGUCUGUACUUCUCCCAAAGAUGAAGAAGGUUUUUUGCGUGAUCUCUGUGAAGUUUUACUGUAUUUAUUGCUACCUUCUGGAGACUUCCAUAACAAGAAUAUGAGAUAUUUUUUAAGGGAAAUCCUUGCUAGGGGAAUUCUUCUUCCACUAAUUAAUCAACUUAGUGAUCCAGACUAUAUAAACCAGUAUAUUGUGUGGAUGAUUCGUGACUCUAGUUGUAAACAUGAGGCCUUUAUGAACAUUCUUAAAUUAUCUGAUAAAGUUGGAGAACUGGAAGCUGUGAAAGAUAAAGCAAUAGAAGAGUUACAGUAUCUCCGUUCAUUAGACACUGCUGGUGAUGAUAUUAAUCUUAUAAAGAAUCAAAUAAAUAGUCUAAUGUUUGUUAAAAAAGUCUGCGAAACAAGAAUACAAAGAUUGCAGUCAGGAAAGGAAAUUGAUGCUUUGAAACUAGCAGCAAACUUUGGAAAACUUUGCAUAAUUCCUCUGGAACAUAUUUUAGUUCAUAACAUUGCACUACAGUUUUUUAUGGAUUACAUGCAACAGACUGGAGGACAGGCUCAACUCUUCUUUUGGCUAACGGUCGAAGGUUAUCGUGUCACAGCACAGCAGCAGCUAGAGGUUCUGUUGAGCUGGCAGAAGGAUGGGAAGAAGCAAACAAACCAGACCAAAGGACUAUUGAAAGCUGCAGCACUUGGAGUUUAUGAGCAAUACCUUUCUGAAAAGGCAUCUCCUAGAGUUGAUGUGGAUGAAUAUUUGGUGGCAAGGUUAGCAGAUAAACUCAGUAAAGAAGAUCCCACGCCUGAUAUAUUUGAUGAUAUCCAAAGAAAGGUAUAUGACAUAAUGCUAAGAGAUGAAAAGUUCUAUCCAUCCUUCAAACUGCAUCCUCUUUAUGUUCGAAUGUUAGCUGAACUUGACAUGUUGAAGGAACCUAGUUACAAGGGGUCAGAUGACGGAGAUGGAGAGUCAUCUAAUGGUUCUCCAACUGGUAGCAUUAAUUUGUCCUUAGAUGAUCUUUCCAACACUAGUGUGGAUGAGUCAAUUCAACUUCAUGCAUAUAUUUCAGAUACUGGAGUGUGCAAUGAUCAUGGAAAGACAUAUGCAUUAUAUGCAAUCACUGUAAUCCGUAGAAAUAUAGAUGGAAUCGAGGAUACCUGGAAAACAUAUCGACGUUACAGUGACUUCCAUGAUUUUCACAUGCGCAUCACAGAGCAGUUUGAAAACCUCACAAGCAUAUUAAAGCUACCUGGAAAAAAAACAUUUAACAAUAUGGAUAAAGAUUUCCUUGAAAAAAGAAAAAAGGACUUAAAUGCUUACUUACAGUUACUGCUCAAUCCUGAAAUGGUAAAAGCCUGUCCCACUCUGACUCCUUUUGUUUAUGAUUUUCUUGAAAAUAAAGCCUACAAUAAAGGAAAAGGAGAUUUUGCACGCAAGAUGGAUACAUUUGUUAACCCUUUACGCAAUUCCAUGAGAAAUGUCUCCAAUGCUGUCAAGUCCAUUCCUGACAGUUUGGCUGAGGGAAUGACUAAAGUGUCAGACAACAUGGGCAAAAUGUCAGAGCGUCUAGGGCAAGACUUAAAACAGUCAAUGUUUAAGGUUACUCCUUUGAUCCAGAAGUCAGAUAUAGAUCCUGUUCACUGCCGUGUCUCUGCACAGCUGGAUGAUAAUGAGAAUGAUAAUAUUCCUCUUAGAGUCAUGCUCCUUCUUAUGGAUGAAGUUUUUGAUCUAAAAGAAAGAAACCAAUGGCUGAGAAGAAAUAUUAAAAAUCUGUUGCAGCAAUUAAUUAGAGCAACAUAUGGGGAUACCAUCAACAGAAAAAUUGUAGAACAUGUAGAUUUUAUGACAUCCCCUGAACAAGUUGCAGACUAUGUCAAGCGUUUCAGAGAUGCCUUUUGGCCUAAUGGUAUCUUAGCAGAAACACCACCUAGAAGAGAUAAAGCAAUCCGAAUGAGAACAAGAGUCGCUGCAAAAACCAACCUUUUGGGGAUAAUGCCAGAUGAAUUGAAACACAUUAUUGGUGCAGAUACAACACGAAAGGGCAUUUUAAGAGUCUUCGAGAUGUUUCAGCACAACCAGUUAAACAGGAGACUUGUCUAUGUUUUUUUAGAAGGAUUCCUGGAAACUCUUUUUCCUCAAUAUAAAUUUCCUGAACUUUUUAUUAAAUUGCAUUCAAGAUCUCAACGAAUAGAGAAGUAUUCACAUAAAUUAAAGACUACACAAGGAAGUUCUCUGCAAAAAAGGUGACACAACAGAACACAGAGUUGUGCCCUUAAAAUCUAGUAAAACUGUUACGAAAGAAAGUAAACAGUCUUUCAGGUUGUAUCGGUUACAAAGAAAAUUGCAAGUGCUAGCAUUUUUAAACAAAUUCUAGGAUAAGAAUAUUCCUUGAACCUUUAUUAAACACUAUCUAUCUACAUUAUUUUGGAUGACACAUAUUAAAUUGCUGUACUGUCAUGCAACUUUGUCAAGGAGCACUUUAACACAGAAUGAAAUGAUAUGUAUGAAUCAUUUCAGCUCAGUGACCUUAGGGCAAGGCACGAUGAACUGUGCUGAGGUAGCGCUUGAUCUGUCAAAGCCUGUUAAAAGAUUAAAUAAUGAGUGCUGAACACUAUGUAGAAAGUCAAAGUGUGCAAUUAUUAGGAGGAAGUUAAUUCAAAUUGAAGAAAACCACCAAUUUUAUGUGGUAGGACACAAGUAUUUAUUAAUUUUAGUUAGAGUGAUGGUCCAACCAAUCCUGGUAAAAAUUAAUUAUUUUCUGUAAUAUUGGGUUAGGUGUUUUGAUUAUUUUUAAUAUAAAAAUCUACAUUUUGUAGAGGGAGGGGAUUGAAUGGUGCUUAAAACAGAAUCAUAUCACACCAAACCAUUACAAAUUGUGCAAAUUUAUUCCUUUUUGUUUGGAAUAAU